AUGGCUACCGGUGGGUUUUUUUUACGUAACUUUGUUAUUGGCGAUGUGUUCUAUAAAGAUGCUGCUCGUUGGUUGCGCACAGCACAGCUGGAUAGUUUCGGCGAAGCAGGCACACUUUUGAAAGUGCACAUCUAUGCAGACGAAAGCUCAUGUGAACAGGAUGAGGCUGCAACUCGAGAGGCCAUAACAUUCUGGUUGGAGACUUUCGGCAUACGUUAUGUUGAAAUGAUCGAUGACGAAAUGAGAGAUGCGCUACUUUGCAUUCGAAGAACUCUCAGUGGAACGUUCUCAAGAACAAGUGCAGAACGGCCGGAGAGUGUCGGUUUCCCUGCUCCACCUCAUCUGUUCUCUUUGCUGUGCACUCACGAAUUCGGUAGAAGUCUCUUGCGUGAAAUGAAUGUCAUUGAAACCCUCAUUAGCAAUUUAUCUGAUGAACAGAAUCCCUUGAACGUCAAAGCAGCGCUUAUGGGAUUGGGACAUAUAGGAAGCCACAGCGAA